AUGUGUAACUCCAACUCCAAGUGCGAAGGUGCGUGCGUCGCGGCGCAGGGGAACGAGGCUUGGAGUAGAUUAAUGAAAAAGUAUGUUGCAGGGAGGACACAACGCGCUGGGAAAGGAGCGUGUGGAACACUCUGCAAUGCGGUAGGAGAGAGCGUCGCUGUCACUGUCAUAAAUGAAAUUUGCGGAUUUUUAGUACAUGAGAACAACGAGGAGUGGGGCCUAGGGUGA